GAGGAUGUGAGUCUACGUUCGACUUGAACCUGACACCACUCGCUACAGUAUCAGCUCUAGUCAUAGAUGGUGGUAAUGUGUUGACGGGUAGAAAUUGUUUUCAUUUUAGUUUAUUUUUUUUCGUUUUUACAUGCCUUAUUUAUUAUCAGCUUCGACAGCGGCUAAAAUCGCGUCAAUAUCAACGUGUUCGCAAGGCGAGAAUUCGGCCAAAUUCGCGAUUCUCCAUUUCGCGCGCGUUUUUUGCCCGUAUAGUUUUUGGUAAAAUUUUCAAACGUGUUCGGCCGCAGCUCGCCGAAAUUACAAAUCCUAUCGGUGUCCGGCACACAGCGGAUCUUUUGACCACAAUUAAGAUGGUUUGGUUGUAAUACAACUGGUUAAUUUACAUGUUACGUGUUCGUAUCGUGAGGUGGUGUUGUUGAUAGUGUAUUACGCGGGUUUUUCGUAUCAUUGGUUCCGUUUAUUAGUUUAAAUUAAUUUUUAUUGUUUUUUUUUUGUUCGUUGAGCUUGGUUUUUAUUUUCCUUUCUUGUUUUUCGGUUUAAUUUUUCGUACAAUUCAUCUGUUUUUGCACCUUCAACAUGGAUAUACUACCGAGUGGAAAUAUUUUUCUCGAGUUACAGGAUAUCCACGACACCGGCUAUUUCUCAGCACAGUCUUCUCUGGAGGAUCAUUGGCAACAGACAUGCUACGAAAUGGAACGAUACCUUAAAGAAGAGCCAAAGCUGCAAUCGUGUAAGAAGUUAUCGAGCGAUUUAGAUACACCUUGGAAUUUAUUCACCGCACCAGUACCAUGGACAAAAGUCGAAGUGGUCGAUUCGUUGAUCGACGAUUUAAAUUUAAAUAAUAGUGAUAUCGAAGCGUUUAGCUGUACGAGUACGAACUGCAGUUGGGAAUCGCCGCUCAGUUGUUCGGUUCGCGUGAAAAAAGAACCAGUCGACGAUUACUCAGAUCCUUUGCAUUGUUCGACGACUCGUCUGAAAAAAGAAACCCUCGAAGAUUUCGACGACCCUUUACGAUGUUCGGUGAAAAUGAAAAAAUCGCACAAUGAUUACGAUACGCUGAGUUGCGUGAUGCGCGUGAAAAAAGAACCCAUAGACGAAUACGAAUUCGACGAUGUGAAUUACGAAGAUCAAAAUCGUUUUAAAUUUAAUUUUAUCGGUAGAGGAUCGUUAGCCAAUGAAUCAAUACUGCCCACACUCACACCACCGUCCAGUCCCGAAUCAGGUUUAAAUAAUAGUAGCAGUAAUAGCAGUACGGAGAACUACCGUACUACGCAUUUAAAAACUAAAAACACUGUGAAUACUGGUCGUGUUUCUUCCAAAAAUUAUUUUACUCAGUCGAACAAGCAAGACGCAUCGUUUUCAGUUACCGCCAAUCAAUCCAAAAAUAGCUGUAGUGCCAAUCAUACCACCGUCAGUAAUAAUAGUAUUAAAGACUUCAGUUCUGAUGCCAAAAGAAAAACGCACAAAUGUUUAUUUACUGGAUGUAAAAAAGUGUAUACGAAGAGUUCGCACCUGAAAGCUCACCAAAGAACGCAUACAGGUGAAAAACCAUACAAAUGUCAGUGGGAAGGAUGUACCUGGAGUUUCGCAAGAUCCGACGAACUAACACGUCACUACAGAAAACACACCGGAGCUAAGCCUUUCAAAUGCCAACAAUGUGAACGAGGUUUUUCGCGAUCCGAUCACUUAGCUUUGCAUAUGAAACGUCAUAACUAACCUUUAUAGUUCGAUUUUAGUUAUAAUUUAUUUAUUUUUGUUUUUCUUUUCGUUUUUUCCCCGUUUCUUCAAUAUUGUGGUAAGUUUUGAUUAUGGAAUUUUGUACCUACACGUACGAAUGUUUCCCCGGUUUUUUGAAAAUAUAGAUUGUUGGUUGUGUUAUGCUUUUUUCCCAAAUGAAAUGUUGUAGCGUAAGUUUUGCUUAUAUGUAUUUGUUAAAAUGUAAGUCUUUAUUGUACUUAUAUACGUAUGUACCUAAAACUGUGCUUGGCCGUUUGUUGAAUGACCUUCAAAAGGAGACUCGACUCGUAUUCAAAAUACGCGUUGACAAAAUUGCAAAGUUUAUAUUUUGUUUUCAUUAUUAAUACGUAUGCUUAUAUUAUGAAUUGUUUGAGACAAGAAUAAUAAUAUGGAGUUUUUCCUAAUUCAAUUCCAAUUUCCAGUUAUAAUUCUUCCCUUUCUUCGCCCCCUUCCUUUUCAAAAAAAAAGGCUGUAUUCCAUACUUAAUUAUGUAAAGAUUUUACAAAACAUAUUACCUACAUACUUAUGUUUGAUGAAUCAACCUUAAAGAAAUUAAUUUUAUUAUGAAAUUCAAAUACUUAUUGGAUUUGUUUUUGAUUAAAAUUCGACUUACGAGAAUACAGUCUGUUUUUAUUGAUUAUAGCAUACUUAAUUUCAGUAUUGACCUCGUGUUUUUUCCAACUUAUCUACCAUGUACAUUCCUAGCAUUAACAUUGCGAUUCGUGAAUAUGUUAUUCGAUGUUACAUUCAUCUUCGAGCUUUUUUGGAGUGUAAUUUUUUUUUUACUUUUUUCAAUUGUAUAAUUUUUGUUUCGUUUCAAAUAUUCCCAUAGGGUUUCAUACGUAUUUUUUUCUCUCCUCUUUGUCUGUUUGUAUUUGUAUCUACCGUGUAUCCUUUCAAUUUGAUUAAUAUUAUCAGCGUGGAUGGAAUAUUUUUUUCGCAAUUAACUCACGUUUUGUUGACAGCCUCGAUGGCUAACUGAUGUCUAUGUAGUACUUGUGCUAAUUAAAUCGUCGGUAAACAUACGUAUAAUUAAGUACCUACCUAUAAUACUCGUAUACAUGUUACAGGAGGAAAAUUAUCUACGUCAUCGACUGACAUUAAAUUAUUUUUUAUUUCGGAAAAAGAGCAAUUUUCACGCUGAUUAAUAUUAUUUUAAAUUGAACGGAUAUUAUUAUUACUUACAUAAGUUAUAAUAUUAUUUAUUUCACGUUGCUAUAUGUGAUUUAUUGGUGAUAUAAUAUUUAUUCAAAUGAUAGCAAUAGACGAUGAUAAUUUUUCAGGUGAUUUCAAAUGUUUUGAUUUAUUGAGUAAGUAUCUGUAAUGAUGACUUUAGGUACCUACGAUCGAUUUAGUAAUGCAUUAUGUCGCUAGUUUAAAUUUAAAAAAAAAAAACGUAAAAACAAUCAUAAGAUGAUCUUUUAUUUUAGAUCAUCGAAUGAUUAUAUUCAAUGUAGAUAUUUUUUUUUUAGUCGAACGGCACAAAUUAUGCUAUCCGAUAUACCAUGGUAUUUUCAUAUUUUUAUUGUUCUGCGGUUACCACGAAAAUAAUUUAGGAAAAAAAUAAAGAAUUUACCAACGGUGUGUCGAAUAAUAAAUUAUAUAAAAUAAAAUGUCUUCUAUUGUACAUCUUUACAAAAUGUUUAAAAUUUUCUAUACUCAAUGUUAUACGACUUGAUCUCGUAUUAUAUUCGUCAAAUAUGAUGUUACCAUAAUUUAUUUUAUACUUCCCCUGUACAUUUUAAAUUAAAAAUAGGUUUUCUUUGCCGAAGAAUUCAUCGGAAAGGUAUUUAUAAAAUUCUUCCGAACUCUUGGAAGAAAAUUCGUUUGAAAAAUUCUGGUUGUUGUGCAACUGGGUUGAAUUUUGGCUCGAAACAUACGGUAGUAUUUUACGAACGGAUUAAGAAUUUAGAAAUCCGGUGUUUCUGGCAAAAGGAAAAUUUCUCUAGUAAUUAUCAACACUGUGACCUUUCACCUGAAAAGUUUUACAUCGUCGAAAAACUAAAGAAGAGAAAUUUAAUGGUUUUCGACAGUUGCUUCGAAGGGAACGAUAAUGAAGAAUGUUGUGGGGAGGUUUUUUUUCAUUUUUUUUUUGUGUUUUUCAAACGAGGAAUUAAUCUUUUGGUUUCUGUAUCGCUAUAAAGAUGAAUAAACGUGUUAUGAAGUAUCGUUUCUAACAUUCCUUUUGAGAAAACGUUUUGUAAAACCGCAGUCCUAUAUGUUAUUUUAUAAGUAUAUGUAAUUUUUAUUGGUGCCUACGUAUCGUGGUAAAAAAUUUUUAAUAACGCGUAUUUCUUAACGGUAACGUGAAAUUAGCGUGAUGGCGCAUCACUGCCAUUUUUUUCAACGGGGCCAUUUUUUUAAUUACCAUUCCUUUUACCCCGAUACUUUUUUUUCUAAGUAAAUGUGGCACUGUUGAAAAUACCUGUUUAAAGAAUCGUUUUAUUUUUUUGUUUGUUUUUAGUAAAAAUUUUAUACAAUUUUGAAGUAUGCGUCGUUUCGUUACGUACGUAUACCUGAAAUACGGUACGUCAAAAUGUAAAAAAAAAAUUGCGAAAUAAAAAAAAUGAAUUACAAAAAAUAAAAAAUAUUUUCAAAUUAUUGUUACGGGCUUUUAGUUUUGUUCUGAAAUUUUUAUGUAUAGUGAAAUUGAAACUGUUGUUGAGAAAAUAGUCUUCCUUUUAAUUCGCGCCCAAAACGCUCAUAUCAUUGGAAAUUUUCUCGUAUUAUGUUGAUUCGCACACGUUUAUUUGUAUAAUUUUCAACGGCAGUUGUAUAGUGAAUUGUUUUUCCCUAGGUACGAUUGCUUCCCUUAUAUAGGUACUAUUUUGUAUUUAAGUCGUAUACCAAAAUCGUAAUAUUUCGCGUUCGCUGUAAAAUAAGCAAUAGGAUUUUAGCUAGGUUAGUAAAAAAAAAAAAAAUCAUUUUUGACAGAUUACAUCUUGAAAUUGCCAUUGGUUCAGUGAUGAGAUCUGUUUUCAAAA